UGCUGGCGGCUUGAUGAAAGGCGAACGCAAGAAAGGGGCCUGGACUUUUGAGGAGGACAUUCAACUUAUUUCUUACAUCACCUUCAAUGGCGAAGGGCGUUGGGAAUUUCUAGCAAAAGCAUCAGGGCUAAACAGAAGUGGUAGGAGCUGCAGGCUGAGAUGGGUCAACUACCUUAGUCCUGAUCUCAAUCACACCAACAUGACUCCCCAGGAAGAGCGUUUGAUUGUUGAUCUCCAUGCUCGUUGGGGAAACAGUUGGUCUCGGAUUGCACAGAGUUUACCAGGCAGGACAGACAAUGGAAUCAAGAAUUAUUGGAAAACCCAUCUCAAGAAAAAAAUUCUACAUAAAGGAAAUGCUGGCGACAAAGUACAUCUUGAGAGUUCAAUUCAUUCUUCCUCUCUCCCAUCUCCAUCUACGACAGGAGCACAACGUCAAAGUGCUAUUAGUUCGUUUCAACCAAAUCCUAUUACAUUUAUGACUAACGAGUUUCAAUCUGAAGCCCAAAAUGCUGCUGCUCCGAAUGGUGUCCAAUUUACACUAGCUUUGGCGCAGGAAGAAUAUUCAACUGAUUUAGCCUACAACCUCUCGGGGGAUCUUUUCAGCUCUGAAUUGGGUUUUUCUUUAAAUAACACUCCUUCGCGAGAGUCCUUCUCCAAUAGAGACUUUUAUUUGGAUGAAUUAUGGAACAUGGACCAAUAAAUCUAUUGUUUCAUCAAUUUAGCAAAUUUAGCGGUGAAGAAUUUGUGGUCUUGAAAGAGAGGUCACAAGUUCAAAUCUCACAAGAGGGUAAGGUAUGUACGCCUCAUUCCUCCCACAAAGAUUAUGAGGUAGUCUCUUACUGCUCUAACCCAUCUGUAAACCCAUACAUCGUAGACUAUGAAAGCUCCU